AUGAGUCCCAUCAAGCGAGUGACCUUGUUCAAGAUCCCGAAUGAAGCCGAUCAGGACGCUAUCCUCGAGCAAUACAAAACCGUCAAACAAAACGCUCUAAAGGACGGUAAACCAUAUAUCCUUUCCGUCAGCGCCGGGAAAACUAUUGCGAAAGAUGACCCUAGGAGCAAAGGCUUCAACCUUUUCGCUAUCAGUGUGUUCGCGAGCAUUGAAGAUAUGAAUUUCUAUGACACCGAAUGCGGCGCUCAUAAGGCCUUAAAGACUGUUGCUGCAGGGAAAAUCGAGGAUAUCAUGACGGUUUAUACAGAGAGCGUUACUGAGGACUGA